GUCCCAUUGUGUCACGAGCUAGCAAUGAGACUCAUGCCAUGUUUCAUCUCUCCCACGUCGGUUGCAGACUUGGUCAAACACAACAGUGGUUGGCAUUCAUCACUCUACUUUCUACAUUUGGAAUGCUAGCAAGCAAGCAAUCAAGCGCAAUCCCCAUUUCUUCAUCUUCAAGAUUUGUGCACCCAACACAAAACCUUCAAGUUUUCUUCAUCAUCAUCAUACAUCGUCUCAUCUCUCGCUUUUUCGGUGAUGUCCAUGAUGUUUUCCUCUGCCGUGUCGUGUCUAUAAAUCCAUGGCACCCCGUUGUUGAAUUCCGCAGCUUUGAAUUCAAAAACCACUUUUGACUCUUGUGGUUAGGUUUUGAAUUUUCAAUGGUCGUUUAGCGAAUUUGCAGGACCGUGAAAUUUCAGUUGGAAUGGCUGUUGAGCUCUGUUCUGAAGAUUCCAGCUCGAUAAUCAUGAGUCCGAGAAUAUCGUUUUCCGGGGAUGUGUCGCCGCCGGCCGAGGUUGUUCCUGUUCCAGUGGAGCAAAGAAACAUGCGAGUGAGUUCUUCGUCGUCGUCGAGCAUUGAUUUCGAUUUUUGUGUUUUAGACUAUGAAUCCUCGUCGGCGGAUGAGCUUUUCUUGGACGGAAAAAUUCUGCCCAUUCAGAUCAAGAGAAGAAUGGGUCCGCAAAGAAAGGUAAGGCUGCCACCGCCACCACAUCCUCCGCCGCCGCCGCCGCCGCCGCAAGACGACGGAGCUGAUGAUUGUAGGAAGAAGUCAUUAAAGGCGGAAACUUUAACGUCAUCGGAUGAGCAAAAGCAGAGUUCGAAGCCAUGGAGGUUCCGGCGGAGUUCCAGUUUGAGUUGUGGGAGUGGAGCUCUGUGCCCUUUGCCUCUCUUAUCACGGAGCAACUCCACCGGAUCUUCUUCUCCGAUUACAAAGGACAGUUUCAAUCCAAAACCACAUUACAAGAAAUUUUCUUCUUCAUCAAUCAAACAGUCGCAGUCUGUGCUGUCUAGUAGUCAUUAUCAAAAGCCUCCGGUGAAGAAAUUCAUGAGUAACGGUGGGAUCAGGAUAAACCCAGUCUUGAAUAUUCCGCCGGCGAGCCUCUUCGGUUUAAGCUCCAUCUUUUCCGGUGGCAAGGAUAAGAACAAGAAGAAGUUAUCAUUGUUUAAUUAAUUUUUUUUUUUUUCUUGCCAAGGGUUUGCCCAAUUUUUGUUUCUUGAAGUGAGUUCUAUCCCAGAUUGCUGUAUAUAUGAAUUUGCAUUGCACAAAUUUUGCUUACAA